CCACAAUACUUACGGAAGCGGUUAGUAUUUCCGGGUCAGGCUGCAGUUCCGGUGACCUCCGCAGGUUCAUCACAUGACGGCGACUUUCUCUGCGGAACUGAGAAAAUUUCUUGUGGAGUCUGAUGAAGUUUUCCGCCCUGUGAGCUGAGCUGAACCCAGGAGCUCACACAGACGGACAGCCAUGGCGUCCUACGAUGAUGACGAGAACUUUGGGAGUUACGGAGUCGUCGGCUCGUUUCCAAAGGAUUUUGGGUACGGACCAGACGAGCAGGAUACAGAGGACCGGUCACCUUCUGCAGAGAACAAGCCUCGAAUCCUUCUGAUGGGGCUGAGAAGAAGCGGGAAGUCCUCUAUCCAGAAGGUCGUGUUCCAUAAGAUGUCGCCGAACGAAACCCUGUUUCUGGAGAGCACCAACAAGAUUGUGAAGGACGACAUCUCCAACAGCUCGUUUGUGCAGUUCCAAAUCUGGGACUUUCCCGGCCAGAUCGACUUCUUCGACCCGACCUUUGACUCCGAGAUGAUCUUUGGGGGCUGCGGAGCUCUCAUCUUCGUCAUCGAUGCCCAGGAUGACUACAUGGAGGCCCUUGCCAAGCUGCACAUGACCGUGUCAAGGGCGUACAAGGUCAACCCUAACAUCAAGUUUGAAGUUUUCAUCCACAAGGUUGAUGGUUUGUCAGACGACCAUAAGAUCGAGACGCAGCGAGACAUCCACCAGAGAGCCAACGAUGACCUGGCAGACGCAGGGCUGGAGGCCAUUCACCUCAGUUUCUACCUGACCAGUAUUUACGACCACUCCAUCUUCGAGGCAUUCAGCAAGGUCGUCCAGAAACUCAUCCCCCAGCUGCCGACCUUGGAGAAUCUUCUCAACAUUCUCAUCUCGAACUCCGGUAUCGAGAAGGCAUUCCUGUUCGAUGUUGUGAGUAAAAUCUACAUCGCCACCGACAGCUCGCCGGUCGACAUGCAGUCCUACGAGCUCUGCUGCGACAUGAUCGAUGUGGUCAUCGACGUCUCCUGUAUCUAUGGGCUGAAGGACGGGGAGGGGAGCUGCUAUGACAAAGAGUCGUCGUCCAUCAUCAAGCUGAACAACGCGACAAUCCUGUAUCUGCGGGAGGUCAACAGGUUCCUGGCGCUGGUGUGCAUCCUCAGGGAGGACAACUUUGAUAGACAAGGCAUCAUCGACUACAACUUCCACUGCUUUCGGCAGGCCAUCCAGGAGGUGUUCGAGGUCAGGUGCAAGGCUCAGAACUUGACCUCUAACCUGCAGUCUUCAUCCGGGUCUCUGGAGGCGCCGGCCGCCAACGGCAUCGUCGGAUCCAAGCCGAUCUAAUCUGGCAGCAUCGUUGGAUCCGAGCUGAUAGAAACUGGGGGAAUAGCUGGACCCAAGCUGAUCUGAUCUUAGCAGCUGAAGGGAUCCUGGAUCUGUAGUUACUCCCACAGUAACUGGUGGGAUCCAGAUGUGUAGUUAAUCCCUGCAGCUGACGGGAUCCUGACAUGUUGUGAAUCCCAGCAACUGGAUCCAGAUCUGUAAUCCCUGCAGCUGGAUCCAGAUCUGUAGUUAAUCCCUGCAGCUGGUGGGAUCCUGAUGUGUAGUUAAUCCCUGCAGCUGACGGGAUCCUGACAUGUUGUGAAUCCCAGCAACUGGAUCCAGAUCUGUAGUUAAUCAAAGCAGCUGGAUCCAGAUCUGUAGUUUACUGGAUUUCAGAAUUUAGUUGCAUCACUGGACCCAAUAACAUUUGUAAUAAUAUUAAAGCUAGUACUAUAUAAAUUAUGUUUAUGAAUAUAUAUGAUAAUACAUUCGUUUCACCUAUGGUAAAACAAAGAAAAGCUGUAUGUAAGAAAUGCAUGGCAAAAUGAAUAUCAUGGUUGGCAAAUUGUUGGAUCUAUUUUGUUUUCAGCUGAGAUUUGAUGUUGUUAUAGGGGGGAUAAAUCAGAUACUUACGGGACUUUGUGGACUAAUAGAUAUGAAGCGUGGUGAAUAUUGUACAGUUGGACAGAAAAUGGGCAGCAGUACAGUAAUGCUGUAGGAAGUGUACAAAUUUGUGCUUUUGCCAAAUUAUAAUCAACAGUAUGGUUAUGUGUAUUGCUGUACAGUUUGUACUUCUGUUAAUAAAGUUACAUUACUCCAUUGUACUCUAA